CAAACCGUGCGCUGGUGUCGAUGGCGCCAGUGACCGAAGAAGAACCAAGAGAAGCGGCUACAGCAGUCAGUCACUGAAGCCGACCACAAACAGAGCUGGUCCGGUUCGUGUAAAACUCUUUCCAGUUGGAUAUUCAGGAUUUCCUCUUCCCGGCGUUGUUCUUGUGUUCUCCUACAGCUCCGCGGCUGGAUUGUGGAUGAAGACCCGGGAAAUGGCCGAAAACUCCGCCGAACGCAACGAGGAGAAGCAUGACGGCUCGGGUGUGACGGGCAUGAGCGACCAGGAGAAGGAGCUGGCCUCGAGUGCGUACGAGUGCUUCUUGGCUGGACGGUACGAAGAGUCCAUGAAGCACCUGGAAGCCCUGCUGGAGUUCAACAAAGAGGACUACAAGAUCGCCAUGAACAAGGCCGUCACAGAGUUCUACAGGAGCAGUCAGACCACCACGGGCACUUUGAGGCAGACGCUGAUGGCCAUGAAGAACCGGCUCCACUCAUCGCUGACGGAAGACGCCGAUGGCCUGGACGACGUGGAGAACAGCCUGCUGUACUACAAUCAAGCGGUCAUCUGUUACCACUUGAAGCAGUUCUCUGAGGCCAUUUCCAUUGGAGAGAAGCUCUACCAGUUCUUGGAGCCGUUUGAAGAGAAGUUUGCUCAGGCCGUCUGCUUCCUCCUGGUGGACUUGUACCUGCUGACCUUCCAGCCAGAGAAGGCGCUGCACCUGCUCGCCGUGCUGGAUAAGCUGUCUGCUCAGGGCGGCAGCAGGAACGGGAAAGGAGAGAGCGCCACUUCACAUAAGGACGCUGGCAGCCAGAGGGCGGAGUUUGCAGCCAUGAUUGAAGCAGCAAAAUACAAACUCCACCAGUACAAGGUCAGAGCCUACAUCCAGAUGAAGUCUUCCAAGGCCUGUAAGAGAGAAAUCAAAUCGGUGAUGAACACAGCCGGAAAUUCUGCACCCUCCCUUUUCCUGAAGAGCAACUUUGAGUACCUGAGAGGAAACUACCGCAAAGCUGUGAAGCUGCUGAACAGCUGCAACAUCGCCGAGCAUCCAGGACCCAUGAAGACAGGUGAAUGUGUUCGCUGUAUGUUCUGGAAUAACCUGGGCUGCAUUCACUUUGCCAUGGGGAAGCACAACCUGGGCAUUUUUUACUUCAAGAAGGCUCUGCAGGAGAACGAUCACACGUGCGCUCAGCUGGGAGACGGCAGCAGCAGCCAGGCAAAGAGCUUCACAGGAAUGCCCAUGUGCGCCCUGCUGGCCAACAAGCGCUACGAGCUGCUGUACAACUGUGGCAUCCAGCUGCUGCACAUCGGCCGGCCGCUGGCAGCCUUCGAGUGUCUGAUGGAGGCCGUGCAGGUGUACCACUCCAACCCCCGGCUGUGGCUGCGCCUCGCUGAGUGCUGCAUCUCUGCCAACAAAGGGGGCUCUGAGCAGGAAAGCAAAGGCUUACCGUGUAAGAAAGGAAUAGUGCAGUCUGUGAUCGGGCAGGGAUACCACCGCAAGAUAGUGCUGGCGUCGCAGUCCGCACAGAACACCGCUUACAGUGAGGGUCAGUCAGCGGCCAUCCCAGUGGCCAGUAUGGAGUUUGCUGCCAUCUGUCUGAGGAACGCUCUGCUGCUGCUUCCUGAACAGCACCAACAGGACGCCAUGACGGAGAGCAGCUCCAGGAGCUCCAGCCAAUCCGGAGGAGCCGAGAGCAGCUGUGAAAACAGCGACACCUGCAGCAUUAAGGGUCAGGAGACGGACAAGUUCAUGUCUGCUACUCCAUCAUCUCCUCUCAGGAAGCAGGAGGUAGAGAACCUCAGGUGCUCCAUUCUAGCCUGCAGUGCCUACGUGGCGCUGGCUCUUGGAGACAACCUGAUGGCUCUAAACCACGCUGAGAAGCUGCUGAACCAGAACAAGCUGUCUGGAUCCCUCAAGUUUCUGGGUCACAUCUAUGCCGCUGAAGCCCUCAUCUCACUGGACCGAAUCUCAGACGCCAUCAGCCACCUUAACCCAGAGAAUGUGAGCGACGUGUCGGUGGGUGUUGUGAGCAGCGAUCCGGAUCAGGGUCCAGAGAGGGGAGAAGAGCCAGUGGAGCCUUCAGGGAAGAAGACGCCUCUAUGUUACCCCGGCAGCGUGGCGGCGGCUCGCUCCAUCAUGCUCUUCAACCUGGGCAGCGCCUACUGCUUAAGGAGCGAGUACGACAAGGCCCGCAAUUGUCUGAACCAGGCUGUGUCCAUCACAAACGGGAAGGAGAUCCCCCCUGAAGCCAUCCUGCUGGGCGUGUACCUGGAGCUUCAGAACGGAAACACCCAGCUGGCCCUGCAGAUCAUCAAACGGAACCAGCUUCUGCCCAUGGCCGUCCACAGGACCUCUCCAGAAUCCCACAGGAAAGCUACGUCAUCCCUGCAGUCCUUCCAGCCCCUCCAGCUGCCAUCAUCCUUCACACAGGUUCAGCGGAAAUGAGCUUUUGGGAGCCCCCCCCCCACAGACCCAAGCAGCUGCUUCUAUAACUCUACCCUCUGUGACUCUCGGAGAGCAGCACUUUUAUUUCUGUUGACUUAUAAAUGUUUUUUUCUGAACAGUGUCAAUAAAUUUAACUGUCUUAAAUCAAAGCCA